GGAGGGGACGCGCUGCAGGGCGGCGGAGCCGGGGCCGGCCCGGGCGCUACCAAACGCGAGGCCCGCCUGCUCGCCCGGGGUCUGCGCCGAGCCGCGCUCCGGCCGGACGGCCGCGGCGUCCUUGGUGCGGGGGCCGGCAGCUCCCAAGUGGCCGCGGACGGCGGGGGAGAAGGAACGCACGCCGCCGGCCGGGAUUGGCCUCCUGGUCCCCCCGCCUGGGCGGCGGAGUGCGGGCGGCCCGGGGCUGGGAGGUUUGAAAAGCGGGCGAGAGACAAAGGCAGCAGGAAGCCUCCUCCGCGCCCGGAGCCCGUGCGCCCGGCCCCCGGGGCCCCCUCGCCGCCCGCCGGCCCGCGGAGCAGCGGCGGCGGCAGGAGGCGGAGGAUGCGGCAGGGGGCGUGGGCGCGGCGGCGCGGGCGGAGCAGCGCGGCCCGGGCGCGGCGUGGGUAGAGCCGAGGCGGCGGCCGGCCUCCGGGAGCGAGAGCGAGGCGCCUUCCCCGCCCGGGAUGUGAGCGCCGUGCGGAGCCCGGGGCGGGGGAGGGCCGGGCCGGAGGCGCAGCCGGCAGGAAGGAAGGACGGACGGACCAGGAGGAGGAGCGGCGGCGGCGGCCGGAGCCGGAAGGCGGGGAGGGGCCGGCCGUUGGGCCCGAGGCGGCGGCGGCGGCGGCGGCUGGGGAGAAGCGCUCUCGUCGCCUGCCCGAGGCCGGAGCGGCGGGGCCCGCGCCUCCUCCCCCCAGCGCCGCGGAGGGGGGAGGAGGAAGAUGGAGACCCACAUCUCAUGCCUGUUCCCGGAGCUGCUGGCCAUGAUCUUCGGCUACCUGGACGUCCGGGACAAGGGGCGCGCGGCGCAGGUGUGCACGGCCUGGCGGGACGCCGCCUACCACAAGUCGGUGUGGCGGGGGGUGGAGGCCAAGCUGCACCUGCGCCGGGCCAACCCGUCGCUGUUCCCCAGCCUGCAGGCCCGGGGCAUCCGCCGGGUGCAGAUCCUGAGCCUCCGCCGCAGUCUCAGCUACGUGAUCCAGGGCAUGGCCAACAUCGAGAGCCUCAACCUCAGCGGUUGCUACAACCUCACCGACAACGGGCUGGGCCACGCGUUUGUGCAGGAGAUUGGCUCCCUGCGCGCUCUCAACCUGAGCCUCUGCAAGCAGAUCACUGACAGCAGCCUGGGCCGCAUAGCCCAGUACCUCAAGGGCCUGGAGGUGCUGGAGCUGGGGGGUUGCAGCAACAUCACCAACACUGGCCUUCUGCUCAUCGCCUGGGGUCUGCAGCGCCUCAAGAGCCUUAACCUCCGCAGCUGCCGCCACCUUUCGGAUGUGGGCAUCGGGCACCUGGCCGGCAUGACGCGCAGCGCGGCGGAGGGCUGCCUGGGCCUGGAGCAGCUCACGCUGCAGGACUGCCAGAAGCUCACAGAUCUUUCUCUAAAGCACAUCUCCCGAGGGCUGACGGGCCUGAGGCUCCUCAACCUCAGCUUCUGUGGGGGCAUCUCGGACGCUGGCCUCCUGCACCUGUCGCACAUGGGCAGCCUGCGCAGCCUCAACCUGCGCUCCUGUGACAACAUCAGUGACACGGGCAUCAUGCAUCUGGCCAUGGGCAGCCUGCGCCUCUCGGGGCUGGACGUGUCGUUCUGUGACAAGGUGGGAGACCAGAGUCUGGCUUACAUAGCCCAGGGGCUGGAUGGCCUCAAGUCUCUCUCCCUCUGCUCCUGCCACAUCAGUGAUGAUGGCAUCAACCGCAUGGUGCGGCAGAUGCACGGGCUGCGCACGCUCAACAUCGGACAGUGUGUGCGCAUCACGGACAAGGGCCUGGAGCUGAUCGCUGAGCACCUGAGCCAGCUCACCGGCAUAGACCUGUACGGCUGCACCCGAAUCACCAAGCGCGGCCUGGAGCGCAUCACGCAGCUGCCCUGCCUCAAGGUACUCAACCUGGGACUCUGGCAGAUGACGGACAGUGAGAAGGUCAGGAGGCACGAGGGGAUUUUUCUCCAUUAUUCACUGUGAGAACUCGGGGAAGCUCCAGAAGGUGAGGGAGAGGGGACGACAACUUGGUUCCUGUGGAUCUUGAACUUUCAGACUUGCCCGCUCUGAGCCUCCGGCACUCUGGCGUGACAGCUCAGGUUGC